GUGGAGCAUGACUAGGUGAGCAGAGGAGGCGUGGGUUCUAGAGCUGGAGCUGACGGAGCAUUCAUGAGGUCCUGAGCGCGCAGAUAGCUGCAGUUUUAGUGAGAAGCCCAUGAGGAUUGAUCGGCGGGUUGAAGACUAAAGCUUCAUUCUGGUGGAUUAAAAUGGGUUUGAAACGAGCGCGCGUAAAGACGCCGGGGCCAGCAGCCCUGCUCGCCCGCUCGUCCCUCUGCCUUAUCGGACUCUUUGUCACUUUCUCUCACCCUGCCUGCGAUGCAUUCAACCUGGCCGUAGAAGAUCCAGCGGUUUACAGCGGACCAGAGGGGAGCUACUUCGGAUAUGCUGUAGACUUUUAUCUGUCUGAAUCUGCCAGCGCGAGUUUGGUUGUUGGUGCACCAAAAGCCAACACAAGGCAGUUGAAUGUUACAGAGGGAGGGUCUGUGUUCUACUGCCCGUGGAGUCUAAGCCAAGCAGACUGUCACACCAUCGACUUCGACACAGAAGGAGAUCGGAGCGUUAUGCUGAAUGACGUGUUACACCAGGUUGACUUCAAGUCCCAUCAAUGGUUUGGUGCAACUGUGCGUUCACAUGGUGACACAAUUCUGGCUUGUGCCCCUCUUUACUCCUGGAGAACCGAGAAGGACGUGCCCCGUUCUGAUGCAACAGGAACCUGCUACCUCUCAGUUAAAAAUUUUACCAAAUUUGUUGAAUAUGCUCCCUGUCGGACUGAGAUCAGUGAUGAAGGGGGACAGGGCUACUGUCAGGGAGGAUUCAGUGCAGACUUUACAAUGGACGGAAAAGUGGUACUUGGUGGGCCCGGCAGCUACUUCUGGCAAGGUCAAGUGAUCUCUGCUGCUAAGGAAGACAUCAUCAAAGCUUAUUACCCAGGUUAUUUCAUGCAGGCCGUGGAAGGUCAAAUCCAGACCAAACAGGUCCAGGCUGCACAUGAUGACAGCUACCAAGGUUACUCUGUUGCUGUUGGGGAAUUCAGUGGUGAUCAGGUCGAAGAUUUUGUAGCUGGCGUUCCUAAAGGACUCAUGCUUAAUGGUUCGGUGUCCAUCUUAAAUGGUUCAGACCUGACAACACUGAUGAGUUACACUGGAAAGCAGAUGGGGUCAUAUUUUGGUUAUGCGUUGGCGACAACUGACAUAAACAGUGAUGGGAUGGUUGAUCUGUUGGUGGGAGCUCCGAUGCUGAUGGUCCGAGGCUCUAGUGGUCGUCUGGAGGAGAUGGGUCAGGUCUAUGUUUUUCUACAGCGUGGACCCUUAAACCUUGAGGAGCUCACACCGUACCUCACAGGCACCCAGGUGUUUGGGAGAUUUGGCACUGCCAUUGCUCCACUGGGAGAUCUGAACCAGGAUGGCUUCAACGACGUGGCUAUAAGCUGUCCAUUUGGUGGAGAUGACCAACAGGGACUGGUCUACAUCUAUAACGGACACUCGGAAGGUCUACAGGAGAAGCCCUCUCAGGUGAUCACAGGCCAGUGGGCUGCUGGGACUUUCCCUGCCAGCUUUGGGUUUGCUCUCAGAGGGGCACAGGACCUGGACAUGAAUGGAUACCCUGAUCUCAUUGUCGGAGCAUUUGGAGUAAAUAAGGCAGUUCUCUACAGAUCUCGCCCAAUCGUCAGCACCAGCGUGUCUCUGACAGUUUAUCCCACCAUGAUCAACCCCGAGGAGAAAAACUGCAUCAUCACCAGUGGAAACUCCAGCAUUCCCGUUUCCUGUGUCAACCUGAGUUUCUGCAUAUCUGCUGAUGGGAAACACCUACCGGCCGAUCUUGACUUCCAGGUGGAGGUGCAGCUGGACAGUCACAAGCACAAGCAGAAAGGUGCGGUUAGCAGAGCUCUGUUCUUGGAUUCCCAGCAGCCUUUGCUGCAGAGAAGUGUUAGAGUGCGACGUGGAGAGCGACGGUGCAACCACACACAGAUCUACCUGAGAGAUGAAAAGGACUUCAGGGAUAAACUCUCCUCCAUCUUUGUGGCCUUGAACUUCAGCUUGGAUCCAAAAGCAGCUGCUGACUCCCACGGCCUGCGACCCAUACUCAACUAUCAGACCACCAGCGUGAUUGAACAGAAGGCUCAGAUUCUGUUGGACUGCGAGAACAACAUCUGUGUUCCUGACCUGAAGCUGGCGGUUUAUAGUGACAUAAAAGAAGUCUACCUCGGCGAUGACAACUCAUUGACCUUGACUUUCAACGCCAGGAAUGAAGGAGAGGGAGGAGCGUACGAGGCUGACCUGUACGUGGUGAUGCCCCCUGAAGCCGAUUACAGCGGGAUCGCCCGAAAUAAGAGCUUAACCCAGCUUACCUGCAGUUAUGAUACAGAGAACCAGACCCGCUUCCUCAGCUGUGAUCUGGGCAACCCGAUGAAGGCUGGAACCAAUCUAUGGGCAGGCCUGCGUUUCACCGUGCCACGGCUGAAGGACACACAUAAAACUGUCCAGUUUGAUGUGCAGAUACGCAGUAAAAAUGAGAAUAAUUCUCAUAGUGAAGUUGUGUCCCACAAGCUGGAUGUGGUCGUUCAGGCUGAUGUCAUCCUCCAGGGUGUGUCCCGACCAGAUAAGGUCUUCUUUCCACCGGCCAACUGGAAAGUUCCCAAAAACUAUGGGGUGGAACAGGACGUGGGGCCUGCUGUGGAGCACAUUUAUGAGCUCGUUAACAAUGGUCCCAGUCAGAUCAGCUCCACCUCACUGGAGCUGCGCUGCCCUCUCCUCAUCCAGAGUCGUACCCUCCUUUAUCCUCUGGAGUUCUCCACCGAAGGCUCCAUCAACUGCACUGCAGACAGACACAUGAACCACCUGAACCUAAAACUCCAGCGCACAUCCACCGAGUCUCCCAUCCUGGCACUGAAGGCCCACGAGCACCACGUUGAGAGGAGGGAUCUUCAUAAGAACCAACUCGCCCAUUUGACAAAUCUGUCAUGCUCCAACGUGGAGUGCUGGGCAAUCCAAUGCAACGUAGGUCUGCUGGAGAAAGGAACAACCGCUAUCCUCAAAGUGCGCUCCCGCAUCUGGGCCAAGACCUUCACUGAGAGAUCCAACAAGCAGUAUGUACUGGAAUGUCUCGCCACAUACAGUGUGAAGAAGAUGCCGUAUGCCAUACUGCCUAAACACUCUCCGAGUGGGCACAAAAAGGUGGUGACUCCAGUGGUGUGGAACAAGCCGGACAUAGAGAACUCUGUUCCCCUCUGGAUCAUCAUCUUAGCCAUUCUGGCUGGUUUACUGCUUCUGGCGCUUCUAAUCUAUGUCCUCUACAGGCUUGGCUUCUUCAAGCGAUCGGUGCCAUACGGUACCGCCAUGGAGAAAGCUCAACUUAAACCACAGGCUGCCUCGGAAGCUUAAGUAGCGUCGAGAUUCCCAAAAAACCCACAAUGUCUAGCCAUGGGAUUGCAAUGGAGAAGCAUGAAGGAACACGAUCAAAGAGCAGGUGAAGACUUGUGUAGACGAGAGACCACUAGAGCUCCACUGCGCUGCACUAGAAGAGGACAAAAACCCAAAGAUCUCCAAGCCAAAUGAAUGUUUUAUUUAAUUUAUGAUUUUAUUUUUUAUCAGGUUGGGAUUGUUUUCACGUUUUUUUUUAUCUCCACGCCUAAAGACUUUAUUAGACUUUACAUAAAGGUGACCGCAGAAUGCACACAGGUGACCAUCAGCCUGUACUUGUAGCAUCUCAGUGGGUUUAAUUUUACUGAUGAUUGUGAUGGAGAACUCCGUAAUGCCCUUUUAACUGACUUUUACUGGUGCUACAGAUCUGAAGGGUUCACUGCCUUUGACGGGAUUCGGUGUGUUUGUGGCCUCUGGGAGGAAAACCUGCUUCCCGAUGAGGCCUGAAGGUGUUUCUCUGUUUCUUGAUCACAAGAUUAGUUUACAGUUUUCAGGUGAGAAAUGAUCCUUCUAGAGGCAGAAAUUCAAAGUGAUACAAUAGCAAAGUAGUAAACAUAGGAAUCCCACCUUUUAGACUCAAAGUCCCAAAUUGUGUCCGAUGCACGCUGGGAUGAUCUCCACCAUCAACCCAAAUACAGGAAACGCGGGUAUUUAAGUAAUGAACUGUUUGUGAACAUAACGACUUUCUGCCUCAGGUUGGUGGACAGUGUGUGUUUUGCACUCAAAGGAAAUCUACUGAUAUUUUUCCCGAGACACCAAAGACUGACUGAGCUUCCUUUGAGUUAGACUCCUACUGAAGACUUUGUGUGAAGUCCUGUGUGCUUGUUCUCAGAGUUACCAACGCUGUGCCGUUUACUGGGAUUGGGACUGGAACCAACGCAGACCAGUGAAACCUCUGUCGGAAUGUGGUGUUCUCCACAGAAUUAUGUUGUUGUCUUUGCUCCUGCUUGGUUUGGGUUUAAAAUAAUGUUUCUGCCCUUGCUAGCUGAGAAACAAAAUAUUCCACCUGUCGCAGGUGCCUUCCUUGAUGACCUAUUUUCAGAGAAAUGGCUUUUGCACCUACAGAAGUAGUUUGAGGGCAGCCGAGACCAAAGCCGAGUUGACAUUACCAGGGGCGUGUCCAGGGAGUGGCCUGGGGUAGCACAUGCCACCCUUAGAAUCUGAUUGGCCACCCCAGGUGCCACCCUACUGAGUUCCAGUUUAAAUUGACUUUACAUUGUCAACAAAAGGCUUGGGUUGUAAACUCCAAAAUAGUGUGUGGUAGCAUGCACCUUUCACCUUGUUUUUUAGCCCAGGCCUACAGAACAUUUCUGUAGUAAUAUUAUUUAAUAUUUUUUCAUACUCACAUACAUAGUAUUUAGAGUCCCACUCAACUCCAGUUGGUGGCAGUAAUGCAACAAGAAGUGACUUGCUAACCACCACAAAAGUAGAAGAUGAAUAGAAAAAAAUGGACAUUGUGCAGUGUAAAACUCAAAAAUUCACUAGAAAGUAAAUAAACGAUUUGUGUAAAUAAAUAAAUGAGCAUAACCAUUGGUGCCACCCAUGCAUAAACAAGUGCCCCACAUGGGCCACCCCAUUUUAAAAGUCCUAGACACGGCUCUGGACAUUACAUCAUUAUUUUCAUUGAAUUCAGUGUUUUUAUUGCCAGCAUGAAAACCUCCAAUGCAUUUAGGCAUCAAAUUCAGCAGGAAUUUAAGCUUACAGAAUAACGUGCAUGAGCUGCUGGCAUUUAGUAACUGGAGCCGUUUUAAUAUGGCAGCAAUACACUUUAGUCUUGGCUUUGUCAUUAGCUCAUCAGACAUGUUGGAUGUAAAAGCUAUUUCUCCCAACAUAGUCCUUCAAUGGGAAGCUAUAACGAGUGAUUUUUACAAUCUUUUCAUAGCAACACGCCGACAUGGCUUAAAGAAAUCAUAUUAAGUGAGGCGCAGGAAGAAACCACAAAGCUGACGAUGAUAUGAUGAAGUUCUCUUACAAAGAUGGGACAAUCAGCAGAAUUGCAGCGCUGACAGGCGGCUGAAGGCAGACGGAUAAUUUUUCAGCACAAGGCUGAAUGAGAUACUGUAUUUUGAUUGUUUUAUAUGAGUUAUAUGAAUGAGACGUGGCUGAUGUCAACCCCAAACCAAAAAGGGCUACAGGGACUGAACAAUGACAUGCUUUGUGUUGGUAUCUUUUGUCAUGUACAUAGGAUUACUCACGUGCCUUAUGUGUAAAUACUAAAUGUUGGUGAGUUUGCUUGUGUAUGCAUCUUCAUGCAAUUGUGUGACUGCUAUAUUUAAGGAAGUUGUUUCUGUGUGUGGGCUUCACCUUUGCCUAGUCCUGUGCAGCUUGAUGUAAUGAGGUUGCAGCUCCAUGUUGCUAACAGCAGAAAUACCUCCUACUAAAGGGUAAACAACUAGGCACUGGGAACUACACGUUGUUUGGAAGUGCAAUAUUUAUACUCAAUCUUUCCUUUUUAACAGUUUUCUUUUGUUUUGACGUUUUAUGUCUGAUUCUGUUGCGGUAAACCAGAAUUGCUCGUGGCUUUUGGUGUUAGCUCGCUUUUCCCCACCUAAAAGGAUAUUUUCACCACUUCACGUGUACUCUUCACUUCACUGGACCCUGAACUACCGUCAUUAUGGCACAGAUUAACGCUGAGCACCGACUCGCUGGCGCAGUUUGAUCGUUUCUGUCUGUUGUUACAGCUGUUCGGAUACGAUCAUUUCACCAAACACGUGUUACACAUAAUUUUGAUUUACUCGACUCCCUUAAUACCCACUGAUCAGAGGGUGAUUUAUGUUCACAUGGUCCACAAAUCCUUUAUCACGCACAUUCUCUUCAUGAAAUUCUUUCCUGAACAUGUCAACUCAUUAUUUAUACAGAAAUCUUUUUUUUUUUUUUUUACAAUGUUCUCCAUCAGGCAAAGGCACUGGUAAAUUUCUUCUAUUUUUGUUUUUUAAACACGUCUUAGCCCACUUUUGCUCUCCGGGACUUUAGAGGAAGAUGUUGUACAUAUUUUUGAUAAAGGAGAGAAACUGAUGGAAUGGUUUGUUGUGAAAUUUCUCACCCCAUAUUGGGGAGACCUGUUUAGGUGGAUGAUGGCUCCUUUAAAAGUAAUUUUUUUUUGCCUGCUAUUGUUUGUACUUUAAAUAAAACAAAUCCCUUUGUAAAAAUU